GACUUGGGCGAUGUUAUGGACAUUUCAUCUGACGAGGAAGCACCGAACACUGCGCCACCCCAGCCAGUGAACUUCACAGUUGACAUGAUCGUGCAAGCUUUGCAAGAUGUGCAAAAGUUGACCACGCUUCUGCCAAAUGACCCUGUCGAUGCCAAGCCUGCAGAGCUGGCUGAUGCAGAGCCAGCUGCAAAGCUAGCAAGUUCCUUGUCUACAAAGACUCAAGACUAG